GAGUUGAGGGUGUCGCCUCCCUCGUCGUCAUGGAAUCGACGAUCAGGAAACCUGUCGACAUCUGCCCGGGGGGACGGAACUGCUCAUGCCGCCGGGUGAGACUGGGAUACUGGGGUACUGGGAUGCUGGAAUACCCGGGAGCGGAUGAGUCGAGCGAGAGUGUGCCAUCCACUCUUCCCCUUGUUGGUUCCAUGCGUGUGUUGCCGCCAGUGGCGGAAGCGCUCUGUGCCCCUCGUCCACGUCGGCGGGUUCAUUGGGAUGCAUGAUGACGGCUGGCCUCCCCACGGGUGGCCCACUGGUGGCCCACGCGGCUUGCCCCAUGGUUUAUCCAGCUUGCCGGUCGGGGAUUGGAUGAAUGGUCACCAGAGGGCAUCGUGCCCUUGUGCCGUUGUACAGCUCUCAUGUGUGUACCCCGUGUGUAUGUACCCGACCUGUCCUGGAUGGAGAUGGUUGCAGCAUGCGAGGGAGGGCCGAGCGUGGGAAUCCGCCGGCAGCUAUCUGCAUCGAGAAUCGAGGGAAAAAAGGCUGUCGUUAACGUAACACACCUCGCCUCAUCUCAGUUAAGCUGGCACUCUGGCUGUCUCCGCCGACGGAUAGCCAGAAACCCAGCCAAGAAGAGGCUUGAG